UCACAUACACUCACACCCAACCUUCACCACUCACUCUUCCCCUUCUGUUCUCUCUACAAUAUAUAUACCCUCUCUUCCUUCAUCUGUUUUCCCUAUUACUCACAGAAGAGAGAGGCAGAAAGAGCAGAGCAGAGCUAUCGUGUUCUUCUAGGAGCUUCUCGUUCUUUCUCUUCGCUCUUCAACUUCUAGUUCGGUAAAAGAUGGCUGAUGCUGAGGAUAUUCAACCCCUUGUCUGUGACAAUGGAACUGGAAUGGUCAAGGCAGGAUUUGCUGGUGAUGAUGCUCCCAGGGCUGUGUUUCCCAGUAUUGUUGGCCGACCUCGUCAUACUGGUGUUAUGGUUGGGAUGGGUCAGAAGGAUGCCUAUGUGGGUGAUGAAGCCCAGUCUAAAAGAGGUAUUCUGACUCUGAAGUACCCCAUUGAGCAUGGUAUAGUCAGCAACUGGGAUGACAUGGAAAAGAUCUGGCAUCACACCUUUUACAAUGAGUUGCGUGUUGCUCCUGAGGAGCACCCGGUGCUUCUAACUGAGGCUCCACUCAACCCAAAGGCCAACAGAGAAAAGAUGACUCAAAUCAUGUUUGAGACCUUCAAUGUGCCUGCCAUGUAUGUGGCAAUUCAGGCUGUCCUCUCCCUGUAUGCAAGUGGUCGUACAACUGGUAUUGUUUUGGAUUCCGGUGAUGGUGUGAGUCACACUGUGCCAAUCUAUGAAGGUUAUGCGCUCCCUCAUGCUAUCCUUCGUUUGGAUCUUGCUGGUCGUGAUCUGACUGAUUCUUUGAUGAAGAUCCUCACUGAGAGAGGUUACAUGUUCACCACCUCAGCUGAGCGGGAAAUUGUCCGUGACAUAAAGGAAAAGCUUGCAUAUGUUGCCUUGGAUUAUGAACAAGAACUUGAGACUGCAAAUAGCAGUUCUUCAAUGGAGAAAAACUAUGAGCUUCCUGAUGGACAAGUUAUCACAAUUGGAGCUGAGAGGUUCCGUUGCCCUGAGGUUCUUUUCCAGCCAUCUAUGAUUGGAAUGGAAGCUGCUGGAAUUCAUGAGACUACCUACAACUCCAUCAUGAAGUGUGACGUGGAUAUCAGAAAGGAUCUGUAUGGCAACAUUGUUCUCAGUGGUGGUUCAACUAUGUUCCCAGGUAUUGCAGACCGUAUGAGCAAGGAGAUCACUGCCCUGGCUCCCAGCAGCAUGAAGAUUAAGGUUGUAGCUCCACCAGAGAGAAAGUACAGUGUCUGGAUUGGAGGAUCAAUCCUUGCAUCCCUCAGCACCUUCCAGCAGAUGUGGAUAUCUAAGGGUGAAUAUGAUGAGUCCGGCCCAUCCAUUGUCCACAGAAAGUGCUUCUAAGUUGAGAAACAUGCUUUAUGGUAAAUUAUUUUUUUCCUUUUGUUGCUUAUUUGGUGUCUCUGUCAUGUUAUAUGAACCUAGUUGCCAUGGAGAAGAGGUGAGACAGGAUUAUUGGAGGGUAUACUCCGAAGCUUAAUGUAUCAUAAUUUGUGUGGUGGCUCUCUGGAUGUGGCGAGCAGAGUUGUUAUGAGGCAUUUUUUGCCUUGGAAUUCAUCCAUGUAGGUUGUCUGUAACAAGGGAGUGACUGUGAUUCUUCUUUCAUGAUUUCAUCUCCAUUUCCCCCCUUUUUUGAGAGUUCACAUUUGAAGAUUUUUUCUCAUCUGAAACAUUAUUGUCUAUGUCUAUAACUAUAUUUAUUAAGAACUUUUUUGAUA